AUGCUUCAUGACACAGAAGCCGUCGUUACUGGUAGCAUCAUCCCCCGCUUUCUGCUCGAUGAUCAAAAUCAAUACAUCCCCGUAUCUCUCGACAUUGUUUGUCCCGGAUUCAUCAGCGACGCCCCUGAUAUCGCGCACAAAUUCGUCAUUAAGAUCGGAGGGGAGGAAACGAGUCCGGGGUUCGGAAAUGAUAACAUGGAGGAGGUAGAGGGUAUCGUGGAGGAACGUGCUUACAACCUCUACACGGAGAACAUAUGGUGUGGCCGCUCUAUCCGUCUCUUUCUAUCAUCAGGCUCUCGACCAUCUGCUGCUGUUCCUUGGACAUGGUCCACUCACCUCGUCAACUACAUGACCUGCGAUGGCCUGGUCGUGGCUUAUCCUAAAACGACCUUUGAUCGGGUCGGUCUUAUUCCCCCUCACCGGCGUCAUUCGCUCCCGCCCCCCCGCAUCCUCGUUCGAACCGCGCGCCACCCAUUCCUAGUUCAAGAUAUGCCGGCAACCGAACGUUCACCCGGCAAUGUGCUCCCCGCAGCAUACUGUGCCGAUACAGCGCGCUCUUUUGCGGAUGCAGCCUGCUUCAAACUCGUCUGGAGCCGUAGUGUAGUCAUGCCUUUGAGAGGAGCGGACGGUUUGAUUGCAGACAUGGACCUCGGUGCACUUGUGGGAUGGCAAUAUAGUUCGUCUGAUCCCCUUUCUCCCUCCUUUCCGUACAUCUCGCCCCUUUCCAUGCAUCGCUCUGACUUCAUUUCUUUUCUGUUCGCUACAUUCGAAGGCUACACAAACCCCCGCAUACAUCUCGCGGGUAAUCGAGGCUUGGACGUCCUCUUGAUCGAGAGAAUAUUUGCGCAUGUACCCAUUCCCACGUUGUGGUCGACGCGGCUUGCUUCCAAGUUCUGGUACUACGCUGUCAAGAACUAUCUACGCCGCAAACAUACACAGCUUCUCCGGAAGUACGUAGACGACGAGGAGGCCUUUCGCUCUCUCAUGCGGCGCUCCGGUACGAUCAUUUCCGGCUCAGAAGCACUCGACUUCGUCCUCCACGGCACAUCAUGUCCCCCGGUACACGCUCACGACAUGGACAUCUACGCGAACUCUCUAUAUGCUCUUUCCAUUGUAUUGCACCUCCGUGACCUGGAGGGGUAUCGCGUCAUUGUGGAGAGACGACUGUCAGGGCUCGGCGAGCUUAUCGGAGACUACGGCGCAGGUGUGGUAUCUGUCACAACACUUGUGAAUGUCGGACGUGGGACGAAGCUUCAAGUUGUCUGCGUCGCUAGAUUGUCGGCGGUGCACCAAAUAUCGCUUUUCUGGUCUACGCUCGUCAUGAACUUCUUAACCGCGGACGGGUUUUCGAUGGCAUACCCGUCGUUGACCCUUCACGGAAUUGGGCUCGUUUCUACUAUCAGCAACUCCGGUAUCAGCAAAAACGCGUGUAUUGCGAAAUACAUCGACCGCGGCUUUACUAUAGUUGGCUUCGAGGGUAACGCACCGACGUCUACAGAGAUGCUGUCUACCCAUGGGAGCCUCCAGGUAUCGAACGACUGGGGUCAUCCGACGGAGAUGACUAAAUGGAAUUGUCCAGACAUUAUUCGCUGUUGGACAGAUGCCGGUUGUUUGCGAAUGUCCUUUGCGGAUAAGACAGUCGGUGGUCCUUGGUGGACGAAGCCUUUUACUUCGUGGUUAUAUGGUGGUAAAGCAUGCGGCGGGGGGUGCGAACCCGAUACCGAACCCGUUCUUUGGGUGAGGGGUGAAAUUGUUGAAUAG